AUGAGUGAUACAGAGAUGAGUAAUCAAGCAUUGGACGAAGAGGAACAAGGAGAGGUUUUCUUAGAUGAAUCUGAUAUCAUCCGUGAAGUUGAUGUCGACGAAGAAGAUCUUCCUGAUGUCGAUGAUAAUGAUAAUGAUAAUGAUGAUGACGAAUUUGAUGAAAACGAUGACUCUGUACACACGUUCACUGGUCACACCGGUGAGCUGUAUACACUAGCUUGUAGCCCAACAGAUCCUACACUUGUUGCAACGGGAGGAGGAGAUGAUAAAGGCUUUGUAUGGAGGAUUGGAAAUGGAGAUUGGGCUGCUGAGCUUCCAGGUCAUAAGGACUCGGUGUCUUCUUUAGCUUUUAGCCACGAUGGACAGUUACUUGCAUGCGGAGGACUGGAUGGUGUUGUCCAGAUAUGUGAUGCUUCAUCAGGAAAUUUGAAAUGUGUUCUGGAUGGUCCUGGUCUUGGAAUUGAGUGGAUCAGAUGGCAUCCGAGAGGACAUGUUGUCUUGGCUGGAUCAGAAGAUUGCUCCCUGUGGAUGUGGAAUGCUGAUAAAGGCAUUUAUCUUAAUAUGUUUUCAGGACAUAACCAAGGUGUCACUUGCGGUGACUUCACUCCUGAUGGUAAAUUAAUCUGCAGUGGUUCUGAUGAUGCAAGUUUGAUAAUAUGGAAUCCGAAAACAUGUGAAAGCGUUCAUGUGGUUAGAGGUCAUCCGUAUCAUACCGAGGGAUUGACAUGCCUGGACAUAAAUUCCACCUCCAAUCUCGUCAUCAGCGGCUCAAAAGACGGUUCUGUUCACAUUGUGAAUAUAGUUACCGGAAAGGUUGUGAGCUCUCUGUCUUCUCAUACGGAUUCAGUUGAAUGCGUUAAGUUUUCACCAAGCUCGAGUAGCAUCCCAAUGGCUGCAACAGGUGGAAUGGACAAGAACCUUAUAGUUUGGGAUCUGCAACACUCAACUCCCAGGUUCAUCUGCGAACACGAGGAUGGUGUGACGAGCCUGACUUGGAUAGGAACAUCGAAGUACUUAGCCACGGGAUGUGCCAAUGGCACAGUUAACAUAUGGGACUGCUUAUCAGGAAACCGUGUCCAUGCUUUCCAGGGACAUCAAGACGCUGUCCAGUCCAUCUCAGCGUCUGCAAAUGGUGAAUUCCUUGUCUCUGUCUCUUUAGACAGCACUGCUCGUGUUUUCCAGACAUCAGAGUUCCAGUGA